GGUUUCCGAUUGCAACGGGCCCAGUGUCAAGGGGAAGUAAUCAAGAUGGAUGCGCCCAUGAAAAUGAACAGAAAACUUAAAAAAUGAACAAUCAGACGAUAUUGUUGCUACUUUUGUUUUGUUUCAUCAGAAAUAUUGAAAACAUUGAACCAAUUUCAUCUAAAGUGCAAUCUGAACGUGUAGAUAAGUUAAGGUGUGGUUAUAACCUUGAUACCCUCUGGACAGCUGAGCUUGCCCACUCUCCCUUUGCUGCUGCUCCUUUGAUAUCUGAUGUCGAUGGCAACAGUAAAGAUGAAAUAAUAGCUGCUCCAUUUAGUGAGAGUUUUACUGUACUACAGGGACAGAAUGGUCAGAUAUUACACCAUUCAUCAUGGCCAGCUGUCAACCUUGAUAACUCUGUCCAUGCCAGUCCUUUACAGUUCGACAUUGACCAUGACGGAAUGUUAGAUAUCAUGUUUACUCUGUCUUCUGGAGAGCUGAGAUUUUACUCACCAGAUGGCGUGAGGCUGAAGGAUAAAACCUAUCAGAUAGAUCCUGUCUAUGUUUCCAAGGCUUGGUACCAGUAUGAAUUGAUAUUGAAUACUCCAACAAUAGAUAAAUAUGCGUUUGUUGAAAAACCAAAAGGAGAUGAGUUUCAGCAUGUAGUACCAGUAGAUGCACAUUUUCAGCAUGUAGUACCUGUAGAUGCACAUGUGUUGUCCACGCCUGUUUUGGUUGACCUCAAUAAUGACAAGAGAGUAGAGGAACUCGUUAUAUCUGUUUCUUAUUUCUUUGAGGAAGAUGACUUUCUAGAAAAGGGAAGCAAUAAGAAAGAACAGUUAAAUGGAUUGAAGUAUGAAGACAUUGGCAAGUUUUUAUUAUCUGGGAUAACAGUGGUCAAUUUGACAACUUUAGAACCAUUAUGGACCAAAAUAUUAGACCUAACACAGAUUACAGCUGAGUUUCCUGCCUACAAUCUUUUCACUCCUACUGUAGUAGAUAUUCAGGGAGAUUUCAGUCCUUUAGAGAUUGUCCUAGGCACGUCAGCUGGUAAUCUCUACAUGUUAGACCAUACUGGACAAGUUAAAGAUGGUUGGCCUAAGUCAUCUGGGUCGAUACAUGGACAGAUAACUGUUGCUGACCUAAAUGGUGAUGAUAUCUUAGACAUCGUUGCCAUAGAUACAAGUGGUGAUGUCAUCUGCUAUAACUCUGAUGGCAAAACUCAGUGGGAGAUUCAGAUCACAGGGACAUCUACGGCUGGUAGUCGGUUGUAUGACGUCAACAAUGAUAACGUGUUAGAUGUCAUCAUUACAACAAAUGUUGGUGAUAUUUUUGCAUUAGAUGGCAUAAAUGGUCAAAUAUUACCAAACUGGCCAGUACAGUUAGGGAAGAAGAUAUCAUCCAAUGUACUUAUUACAAAGAUCUCAACAGCUCACUCAACACCAGAUAUGUUAGUUUUAACAGAUGAUGGAUAUCUACAUGUCAUCUCAAUGGACCUCAAAUGUAAAACUAAGUUUACCCUAGGGGAGACAACUCUUGUCCAGUUGUUGGCUCAUGACCUUGUGGAAGGGUCAGAAGGAUUGGAGAUACUAGUUGCCACUAAUGACGGAGCAUUGAUAUGUUUAGGAAGCUCUGAGGGACCAACAGAUAUAUUUAUAGAUGAAGAAAAGGAUAAAGAAAGAUUGAAAUACAGUUUACAAAGUGAAACAAAAAGUCCUAAUGAUUUUAUAUUUGGAAGUAUAAAGCCUAAUCUUUACAUAACACAAUACAGUAGAAUAGAAGAAGAGGUCACAGGGUCAGAGUUCUACUUAGAAUAUGCUAUUAGUGAUAUGUCGAAGAAAGCAGGUCCAUAUGAAAUUAGGGUUUAUUUUGGAUUUCAUCUGUUACAAAACACAAGCCAUGCUGGUCCAGGGGUUUACAGUAUAAAAGUUCCUGCCUUUGAUGAACCAAGUCAUGGACAUAUAAUUGUUGUGAUGAGGAAUAAACAUGGUAUGAUUGUUACAGACUCAUAUACAAUCAGAUUUAAUCGUUUAAUCAUGGAAGAUUUACAGUGGUUAUUAGUGACACCAUUUAUAGCAAUGUUGAUUAUUUUAUUAGUUCUACAUGGAUUUCCAAUGAAAGACUUAUUACCAUAUACACAUCAAUCCAAAACCAGAUAGCACAUGGCUUUCAAUAGGUUUAUUUUAUGAUUUAUGAACAAUUCCAUCCAAUGAAAGGUUGUCUUGGAAAAUGUACGAAUAAGUGCUACAGAGAUAUUCAGUGAGAAACUGAUAUUGUGUACAACCAGACAGCAUAUGGCUGUCAUUAGGUUUUAUUUAUAAAUUAUGAACAAUUUUUUACAAUGAAAGGUUGUCUUGGAAAAAUAUUAAAAAGUGCUACAGAGUUUAACUGACAGUGAAGAACUGACGUCUUGUCAAAUAGAAUGUAAAACCAAAUAGAAUAUGCUUUACAAUUUGAACUUGCUAUUUGUGUAUGUUAUACAAUAUUGACAUUGUCUCUCCCCUUUUUUUGUCCCAAUCUUAUUUAUCUUUUUCUUAGGCCAAGUUCGGAUGGAUAUCUAGAGUAGAUAGGAUUGACAUGGUCAUAUAUAACACCUGUUAUGAUUGGAUAUAGCUUUGCCGCCAUUAGAACUCAAUGAGCCCUGGGUUGUGGCAGGGUUACUAGAGAUUGACUCGAUAUCCCGGAUGUUAUGACGUUGAUCCAAUCAAAUUUGAAUGUUAACAUAUUCAGAGUAGGGGCCUUGUAUUUCCGGUAAUGUAGAGUUCUUACUCUUCAAAAUUAUUUACCGUUCAUAUGGAACUAGAGUCAGUACUCGAGUUCCAUCCAAACUUGGCCUUAUAUUUUAUAGAAAACUUUUUAUUUUAAAAGGAAACCUGAAAAGGUGAGGAAUUCAAAGUACAGUCAUGUUUUCAUUGAUAAAAACACAUUUGAAAUAAACAGAUACUUAAAGGGUGUUAUUUUUUUUUUUACGUUUAGUGUAAAAGAUAGACCUUAUUCAUUUCCUUUCUUAAACACAAUACUUUAUUUUAAGAGGGUAACAUAUAAAUACAGUUAUGGUCCAAGAUAUCCAUCUAAAUCAAUUAGCAGAUGUUAAAAAAAUGUACUUAAGGUCAAGUUACAGUAAAUGGGCUAUGUCACAGAUUUCAGUAAAAUUUUGCAUACAACUCUGGCUCGAUGAACUUCAACUAAAAAUCGAAAUAA